GACCAGGCAGCAAACAAAACACUGGCUGAGGCUGUCGCUGCCUCCGGCAGCACUCUACUCUGCACAGCACUAAACCAGCCACAGCAGCAGAACCAUCUGAGAACUCUCCCAGGAGAGAGGGAGCGAGAGAGGCAGAGAGAAAUGAGUCGAGGAUAAGAUCCAUAAUCCAUGCUGCGACUGCUGCAAAUCUGACAUUGGAAGGAAGAUUGGGGUUGCUUAGCUUUUUUUGUGUUAUAUCUAAAAUUGGGAAAGGAGAGAGAGCAAUUGCGAUAUGGGGUGAGAGAUGGAGAGAAAAAAUUAAGCGAGGUAGUUGAAGAUCAUUUUAAAGGUGGUAGGAGACUGUCAGGAAAGGUUGCCGGUGCUUAUAUAUGGGUGUGUGUGUGCGCCAAAUGAGAGAGAAUCCACCCGUUACCAGGCAGGGCCGGCCCUCAUCCCACCAGGUGGGAUGCAGUGGGAGCGCCUCAGCCACAGACGUGAGGGCAAGAAAUGACACACACGCAGGCACACACACACGCUCAAAACAGAGACGGAUGCGGAGUACAACGACCUUGCGAGCCACAUGCCACCCUGAGACAACCAUAACAAAAGCAACGCACAGCAAACUGCAGCAGCUCCACCAGCCCAUCCCUUGACAACCCAUGGCUCCAGCUCCCUGCGUGCGCCAGGCUUGACUCCCUGUUGGUUCCGGCUCGCCAUUUUUUGGUCAGGCGCUUAAUGUUUAACCUAUUCUUCAGCGAAAGGACCCCGGGCUCAACUGCAAUUAAGUACAGCAUAACCCUGGUCUUUUGCUGCCGGUGGUUGCGUGGUGUCCGUCCAGUGCUGGACUAUUAUGCUCCAGCUGGAAGGCGCAAAGUGCAGUUUCCUGUUCUGCCUGGGAAUAUGCAUGCUCAUCUGUUCGGUCAUCUACCUGAGGGCCAUGGCUGGCACAGAUCCCCAGGGUCAGAGUGGGCCCCUGGGCUGCAGGCCAUUCUCUAAGUACUGCCAAGCUUUCCUCCCCAGCACCAAGGGCUCGCCAGCAUGGCAACGCCGUGACUGCCAGGUGGAGAGAUAUCUUCUGGGUAUGGGAAGUCGAGGUGGGGACCAGCACUGCUCCCGCCUGGUGAGGGAGCUUCACUUCAUCACCAGCCCGCUGAGCCGGGAGGAGGAAGACUACCCUCUGGCCUUCAUCCUCACUGUCCACAAGGAGCUGGAGCUGUUGGUGCGCCUGCUGCGGGCCAUCUACACGCCGCAGAAUGUCUACUGUGUCCACGUGGACGCCAAGGCUCCGCGGGAGUACAGGGAAGCCGUGGAGAGCCUUGUGGGCUGCUUCCCCAAUGUGUUCCUGGCCAGCCACAGCGAGAUGGUGACCUACGCCGGCUUCUCACGGCUGCAGGCCGACAUCAACUGCAUGAGGGACCUGGCGGCGUCGCCGGUGCCCUGGAGGAAGGUGCUCAACCUUUGCGGCCAGGACUUUCCUGUAAAGAGCAACAUGGAGCUGGUGCGCUACAUGCAGAGCAAGGAGUGGAGGGACAGGAACAUGACCCCGGGCAUCAAGCAGCCUGCAGCUAUGAGGCACCGGACUCAGCUGCAGUACAGGGAGGUCAGGGGCUCCCACGUGGCCCCCAAGCGCGGAGGCCUGAAGAAAGGUGCUCCGCCCCACAGGCUACAGAUUUACUUUGGCACAGCCUACUACGCACUAACCAAGACCUUUGUGGAGUUUGUACUGAGGAGUCACGUGUCCAGAGACCUGCUAGAGUGGUCCAAAGACACAUUCAGCCCAGAUGAGCACUACUGGGUGACGCUCAAUCACAUUAAAGAAGCGCCAGGAAGUCAUGUAGGAGGCGGCUGGGGCGGCAAGAUCCGGACAAUCAAAUGGAGGGACCAAGAGGGGACUGUACACAAUGGAUGCAAAGGCCGCUAUGUUAGGGACAUCUGCAUCUAUGGUCUGGAGGAUUUGCAGUGGAUCAUCGACAGAAACAGCAUGUUUGCCAACAAGUUCGAGAGCAAGUCCUUCCCAGAAGCUUUGGACUGCCUGGAGCAGUGGCACAGAGACAAGGUCCUGCAGCAAGCCAUGGUUCCCAUCCAGUCAUGGUGGCAACUUGCCACCCAAGGCAAUGCCACCUCUCUUUUCAAUGCCACGGUAGGACUUUGAUGAGGUUGUAGGGUUCUUCCUGACCAAAAUGGAUGUAGUUCUUCAAUACUUGUUGGUUAUUGUAUCACUUCAGAGGGCUGUACUAAAGUGUGCUGCUAGGGCCUUUUUGCAUUUCUGUUGGUGCGUUUUGCUCAAAUCUUGAGAAAGUCACUGCAUGGACACGCAAUCAAAAGCUAAACGACAAUUAUCUGACAUUGUUCUCCAUUCGUAGGAAACUGUUUGCAAGGUGAGCAGGGAAGACUUGUUAUUAACAUCUCAGUUGUCCUGAAACGCUUUGUGGUAAAUUUAGGCUCUGUGUAUCACUAAGAGGCACAGUGGCUGAAAGGAUGACGCAACCAUAAUCACUAAGGAAUUCACAAGUCUCCCCCCACGUCAAACAAGGACCUUUACUGACCUGUGGUGCACUUUGACAACAGAACCACAUACAGUGUGGGAAAAAAGUAUUUGAUCCCCUGCUGAUUUUGUACGUUUGCCCACUGACAAAGAAAUGAUCAGUCUAUAAUUUUAAUGGUAGGUUUAUUUGAACAGUGAGACAGAAAUAACAACAAUAAAAAAUCCAGAAAAACGCAUGUCAAAAAUGUUAUAAAUUGAUUUGCAUUUUAAAUGAGUGAAAUAAGUAUAUGACUCCCUCUCAAUAAGAAAGAUUUCUGGCUCCCAGGUGUCAUUUAUACAGGUUACGAGCUGAGAUUAGGAGCACAUUCUUAAAGGGAGUUCUCCUAAUCAAUCCGAUUCCAAACCCUCCACCAUGGCCAAGACCAAAGAGCUCUCCAAGGAUGUCAGGGACAAGAUUGUAGACCUACACAAGGCUGGAAUGGGCUACAAGACCAUCACCAAGCAGCUUGGUGAGGUGACAACAGUUGGUGUGAUUAUUCGCAAAUGGAAGAAACACAAAAGACCUCCCUCGGCCUGGGGCUCCAUGCAAGAUCUCACCUCGUGGAGUUGCAAUGAUCAUGAGAACAG